AUGGCAGACAAAUUUCCCGCCCUCGACGUCGACGCCGAAGUAGGUGACAACAUCGACUCCGACUUUUUAUCUCGUGAAAAGGAAUUGCUUGGUGAUGAAUUCAAAACAGAAAACGACAAAGAAGCAUUGAACAGUGACGACGAAUUCACUGAAUUCAACGAGCAAUUUCCCGAGGUAGAUCAAACCGAAGCAGCUCAGCACCAGCAGCCAGAAGCUUACGAGGAACCAGCAUACGAAGCACCAAAAGAUUUAGGAGACUCGAAGGCUUUGAAAGAUUGGAAGGAAAGACGUGAUUUGGAGAUCGCCGAAAGAGAGAAAGCCAAUGCUAAAACCAAGGAAGAAAUUGUCAAGAAGGCACAGCAGACAAUAGACGAUUUCUACGAUAAUUACAACACCAAAAAGGAACAGAGUUCGCAGCAAGUGUUGAAGGACGAGGAACAGUUCUUGGAGAAGCGUGACAAAUUUUUGUCGAAAGGAACGUUGUGGGAUAGAGUUAAUGAGUUGACGACAGAAGUAGGCGAGGUAUCGCUGGGUGACAGAGACAAGAGCCGAUUCAGUAAGAUAUUGAAGAAUUUAAAGGGAAAGGAGAAGGUUCCUGGUGCUGGUGGUUACUAG